CCAUGGCUGCUCGCCUGGUCACCAUCAAGCGGAGCGGCGACGACGGCGCACACUUCCCGCUGAGUCUCAGCUCCUGCCUGUUCGGAAGGAGUAUUGAAUGUGACAUUCGUAUCCAGCUGCCUGUGGUGUCAAAAAAACAUUGCAAAAUUGAAGUCAAAGGGCAAGAGGCAGUAUUAUAUAAUUUCAGUUCCACAAAUCCAACACAAGUAAAUGGGACUACAAUAGAUGAGCCUGUGCAUCUGAAGCAUGGAGAUAUAAUAACAAUCAUUGACCGAUCGUUUAGGUAUGAAAAUGGAAGUCAUGAGGAUGGAAGCAAGUCAGCAGAAUUUCCAGGGAAAUCACUUGGACAGCACCCGGCACGGCGAGCCUCAAGAGCUACCUUCUCUGCUGACCCUGAUGGGAGAGGCCAAGAUGUCAAAGCUUCAAAAAUCACUGCUUCAAGAAGAUCUUUGGUACAUGCCAAAGGACUCACUGAAGACUAUCCUGCCUCAGAUGGCUCAAAGGACAGUGUUACCCAAGAUCUACCAGGGCAUGUAGAACAGCAUGGUGGCAGAAACAUAGGAGAGCCCAUUUCUGGGGAUCUCUUUAGGAAGUUCAGGGCUACAGGAAGCACUUACAGGGAACUGACGUCUUCUCCUGCACCAAGCCCAAGUAAUAGCAAGAAAAGUGACUAUCCCUUUGAGGAACUUUACCAGUCAAUGAAGGAACAGUUGAUUAUAAAAUCACAGAAACUGAGGCGUAGAAAGUCAGAACCACAACCUGAUUGUGCGACAGGAAAAGAAACAUUGGAGACACAGCUGUUUGUGUCAUGCAAGGCCAGACCAAAGUCCAGUGGAGGCACCCCUGUUACACUAACCUCUUCACACAAAGUUGAAAAGAUCUAUACUGAGAGACAGAGCAGCAAUGUGGAGCCUGUUCAGACUUCCACGGAGGCUUUGAGUUCCAGCUUUUCUCUCUCUGAGACAGCUAAAAUGAAGACCCCUGUGCGGAAGUCACAAGAACUUAAGGAUGAAGAUGUCCAUGUUACUGGUGGAAAAGAGUCUGUGAAUCCAGAUGAAAGAGAAGAUGCCAAGGUAGUUCAUAAAAUAGUCACUCCUAGGAAGCUGGUAACUAGAAACCAAACUUCAGUGGAAGUUGAAGAUGCUGUCAGCCCUGCUGGUACAUCACAAAAUCCGUCUUCCAGAAAGAGAAAGAGUAUUCCUGCAAAGGUAGAGGUACAGUCUGCACAGACACAAAAGCGUCUCUCUUCAACUCCAUGCCUUGCUCCAGGUGAACGGAAAACUCCCAAGGAUUCCUUCAGCGGGCCGGAGAAAUUGGCCACCACAGCCAAGCAGAUUUGCUCUGAGCUACCUGGCCUUAGUUCCGUUGAUAUCAGCAACUUUGGUGAAUCCAUCAACAAGAGUGAGGGAAUGUCUUUGAAGAAAAGACGUGUAUCCUUUGGUGGUUGUCUAAGACCUGAAUUAUUUGAUGAAAACUUGCCACCUAAUACACCACUCAAAAGAGGAGAGACACCAAAUAAGAGGAAGUCACUUGCCACUCACAGUCCAGCUGUCCUGAAGAAAAUCAUCAAGGUACCACCUCAGUCCCCAGGGAAACAAGAGUCUCCUGGAAUAACUCCACCAAGGGCAAAUGAUCAAAGACGCAGGUCAGGAAGGACCUCGCCUACUUCCAGUGGAAGCAAAUCCUUAUAUCAGGCAGAUACACCCAAGAAAGCAGGCAGAAAGAGCAGCAACCUGCCAGCCAAGAGAACAUCCAUCAGCCGAAGUCAGCACGGCAUCCUACAGAUGAUUUCCUCCAAAAGAAGGAGUGGUGCUUCUGAAGCCAACCUGAUUGUUGCAAAAUCAUGGGCAGAUGUCGUAAAGCUCGGCUCGAAACAAGCACAAAUUAAAGUUGUAAAAUAUGUCCCUCAAAAACAGACAAGCAAAAGACAAAGAAGAUCUAAUACUCCAAAGAAACCUACAAGCACCCUUCACAAUCAGUUCAGCACAGGCCAUGCAAACUCUCCCUGUACCAUUGUAAUAGGGAGAGCGCAGAUUGAAAAAGUAAGCAUGCCUGCUCGGCCCUACAAAAUGCUGAACAACUUGAUGCUAAACCAAAAAAUGGACUUCAGUGAAGAUCUGUCAGGACUGAGUGAGUUGUUCAAGACCCCGGGGAAGGAGAAGCAGCAGCGGACGAGUGACACGGGCUCCGUUCUUUCCAGUUCAGGGAAUUUGCCUGAAAAACAGGUUCAAGAAACUAAUUCAGGAGACACACCUCUGGCCAUCACCUCAGAGAUCUUGGGAGAAAAUGUGCCCUUUGGUACUCAGAAUGCAGCAAAGGAGCCAUCUGACAAAUAUUCUGCAAGUCCUAGUUUAAGACGGCAAAGCAUCAAGAAUGGAAACAUAGUGCAAACCCCCAAGAAUGUCCAUAACAUUACUCACCUCGAGAAGAAGACUCCAGGCUCUGGCACAGAACCUUCACAGAGAGCAUCCAGUGUGAGUGGGUUAAGACGAUCUAGACAGCUCAGACAUCAUACCCUUGUAGAAAGUUCGAAUGAAAAAACGGAAGUGGACCUUGCUGACGGCAUCACAGGAAGAUACUUAAGGAAGACAUCACUGCGAGGACAAGAAGUGGAUCUACAGGUGCAGGACUAUGAAAACUCUUCACAAAAAUGCAAGGAAAACAUUGAAUUAAAAGAAGGUUCAGAAAAGACGUCAAGUGCCAGAGACCAGAAGCCAACAGAAGACUUAAUAGGAAGAGUGGACCGUGCUGAGGAACUACUUAAUCAGGAACAAGGAACCAAACAAAACCCAGAGGAAUCCAUGCACAUGCAAAACACACCAGCAAGUGAAGAUCAAGGAGCUACAAAACAGAAAGUGGGCCCAGUUGUUUAUGCAACCAAGGUGAAGCGCUGGCCAAAAACACCUGACAAAAAGACCCAACUUCUAGAAGGCCCAGCUGGUCUCAAGGAACCCUUUGAAACACCAAACUUGUGUGAUGAUAAAACCAAAGUUCUUUGCAAAUCCCCACAACCCACAACAGAGAACACCAAAACAAGCAAAAAGGCACGGGCCAGCGCAUCUGGGAAGAAAGUAAACACAAAGGAAGAGGAGCUCCCUGCACAGACAAAGCUUGUACACGUAUCAGGGGGAACCAGGCACACUCCCAAAGUUCCAGGACUUGAGCAAGGCGACAUCAAAGCUUUGAAGGAAUCUGAAUAUAAAAUGCUGUCCCCGACAGUAAUUCGAAGCAAAAGGUCUUUAGGAAAAGCUAAGGAAAAAGCUCAGCCCCUGGAAGAUAUGGCUGGGUUCCAGGAACUCUUUCUAUCACCAGCCCACAGUGGCGAAAUCAGAAAAAUGCCAAGCAAAUCUCAUCUAGAACCGGUCAGGACUCCAGCAAGCACAAAGAGACUGUCCAACAUGAGUCUCAGGGUAGAUGUGAGAGAACUUUCCGUAACUGAGAAACAAACACAGUCACCAGGCAGAGCCACACAAACACCAGCACCUGAACAGGAAGAGAAUGAUGCCACAGCCUUUAUGGAAACUCCAAAGCAGAAACUGGAUUUCACAGGGAAUUCAGUGGGCAGUAAGAGAAGGUCACGGACGCCUAAGAUCAGGGCUCAACCCCUAGAAGACCUGGAUGAUGUCCAAGAACUCUUCCAAACACCAGCUGGUGACAGUGACCCAGUGACUGUUGAGGAAACUGCAAAGAUGUCUUUGGAAUCUCCACAACCAGUCAGGACCCCAGCAAGCACAAAGAGACUGUCCAAGACGGGUCUCGGUCAGGUGGAUGUGAGAGAAAAGCUUUCAACAACUGGGAAACGAACAAAGUCACCAGGCAGAGCUGCACGCACACCAGCAUCCAUGCAGGAAGAGAAUGAUGCCACAGCCUUUAUGGAAACUCCAAAGCAGAAACUGGAUUUCACAGGCAAUUCAGUGGGCAGUAAGAGAAGGUCACGGACCCCUAAGAUCAGGGCUCAACCCCUAGAAGACCUGGAUGAUGUCCAAGAACUCUUCCAAACGCCAGCUGGUGACAGUGACCCAGUGACUGUUGGGGAAACUACAAAGAUGUCUUUGGAAUCUCCACAACCAGAACCAGUCAGGACCCCAGCAAGCACAAAAAGACUGUCAAAUAUGGGUCUUAGGAAAGUGGAUGUGAGAGAACUUUCCAUACCUGAGAAACAAACACAGUCACCAGGCAGAGCCACAUACACACCAGCACCAGUGCAGGAAGAGAAUGAUGCCACAGCUUUGAUGGAAACUCCAAAGCAGAAACUGGAUUUCACAGGGAAUUCAGUGGGCAGUAAGAGAAGGUCACGGACCCCUAAGAUCAGGGCUCAACCCCCAGAACACCUAGAUGGUGUCCAAGAACUCUUCCAAACACCAGCUGGUGACAGUGACCCAGUGACUGUUGGGGAAACUGCAAAGAUGUCUUUGGAAUCUCCACAACCAGAACCAAUCAGGACCCCAGCAAGCACAAAGAGACUGUCAAAGAUGGGUCUCGGUCAGGUGGAUGUGAAAGACAUUCUUUCAACAACUGGGAAACGAACAAAGUCACCAGGCCGAGCCGCACAAACACCAGCACCUGUGCAGCAGGAAAAGAAGAUUAAAACAACUAUGGAAACUUCAAAUCAGAAACUGGAGUCUAUAGGAAAUUUAACAGCGCCUGAGAGAAAGCAGAGACCACCUAAGGAACAGGCCCCAUCUCUAGAAGACCUGACUGGUAUGGAGGAACUAUUCCAAACACCAGAACAUGGCAGUGGCCCAUUAGUUGUUGGCAAAACCAAAGCAGUGUCCCUUAAUUCUCCACAACCAGAACCUAUCAUAACCAUAAAAAGCAUAAAGAGACGGUCCAGGGCAAGUAUGGGUAAAAUGGAUAUGAAAGAAGAAAUUUUACAGUCAGAGCAACACCCCCAAUCAGGAGAAGCCACAGAUACACUCCAAGUACCCACUGACAACAGAGUCAUUAGGGCAUCGAAGCAACCUGUCAAGAGGAAACUGGAUCCAACAGCUAGUAUGCCUGACAGCAAGAGGGUGCGACGUGCAACCAAGGAUAAGACCCCAUGCCUUGAAGACCUGAGUAGCAUCCAACAGCUCUUCCAAACACCAGGCUAUGCUAAAGACUCAUUGACCAUUGGCGAAACCAAAAAAAUGCUCACAAAAUCUCCACAAUCGGGACCAGUUAGAACCCAAACCAGCAGAAAGAGUCUCACCAAGAUCAGCCACAGGAAAAUGGAUGUGACAAAACUUUCAGAAUUCUGGGAGCACUCACCAGGCAGAAGCCCAGCAGCACCAGUGCAGGAUAAUGGGUUAAAAGCAAUUAUGGAGACCCCCAAGGAGAAACUGGAGACUGCAACAGAUGUAACUGAGCUUACCAGACAGCCAAGAGCAACUAAGGAAAAUGUCCAACCCCUGGAAAAUCUUGAUGGCUUCCAAGAACUCUUCAAAACACCAGGCCAUAGCACUGAUCCAUUAACUGGUAACAAAAAAAUAAGAAUGUCCUUGAAAUCUCCACAACCAGGACUUGCUAGAACCCCACAAACCUCAAAGAGACUGACCAAGACAAAUCUUGGGAAAGUUGGUGUGAGAGAAAUGCUCUCUCCACUGAAUAUGCUCAGGCAGGCUACAGGAGAGGUUGUACACACACCCAGAGGGCCAGAAGAUGAUGGCAGAGGGGUCAAAGAUGUGAAGGAAUCCACAACUAAGACAAGGGGCCCAUCAGCAAGUGUAACUGUCAGCAAGAGGCAGCAAGGAGCAUGUAAGGAAAGGUCUCAGUCUUUAGAAGACUUAUUUGGUGUCCAGGAGCUCUUUCAGACACCAGCCAGUAGCAAAGACCCAGUGACUGUUGGGGAAUCUACAAAAAUGUCUUUGGAAUCUCCACAAACAGGAUAUAUCAGGACCCUAGCAAGCACAAAGAGACUGUCAAAUAUGGGUCUUAGGAAAGUGGAUGUGAGAGAACUUUCCAUACCUGAGAAACAAACACAGUCACCAGGCAGAGCCACAUACACACCAGCACCAGUGCAGGAAGAGAAUGAUGCCACAGCUUUGAUGGAAACUCCAAAGCAGAAACUGGAUUUCACAGGGAAUUCAGUGGGCAGUAAGAGAAGGUCACGGACGCCUAAGAUCAGGGCUCAACCCUUAGAAGACCUGGAUGGUGUCCAAGAACUCUUCCAAACACCAGCUGGUGACAGUGACCCAGUGACUGUUGGGGAAACUACAAAGACGUCUUUGGAAUCUCCACAACCAGAACCAAUCAGGACCCCAGCAAGCACAAAGAGACUGUCCAAGACGGGUCUCGGUCAGGUGGAUGUGAGAGAAAAGCUUUCAACAACUGGGAAACGAACAAAGUCACCAGGCAGAGCUGCACCCACAGUAGCACCAGUGCAGGAAGAGAAUGAUGCCACAGCCUUUAUGGAAACUCCAAAGCAGAAACUGGAUUUCACAGGCAAUUCAGUGGGCAGUAAGAGAAGGUCACAGACACCUAAGAUCAGGGCUCAACCCCUAGAAGACCUGGAUGGUGUCCAAGAACUCUUCCAAACACCAGCUGGUGCCAGUGACCCAGUGACUGUUGGGGAAACUGCAAAGAUGUCUUUGGAAUCUCCACAACCAGAACCAGUCAGGACCCCAGGAAGCACAAAGAGACUGUUCAAGACAGGUCUCGGUCAGGUGGAUAUGAGGGAAGAGCUCUCUCCACUGAAUAAGCCAAGGUGUGCAUCACACAAAGUCAUGCAUGCAUCCAGACUUCCAGAAGAUGAUGGCAGAAGGGCCAAAGAUGUGAAGAAAUCUCUAGCUCAGACAUUGGACCCCACAGUACAUGUAACUCACAGCAAGAGGCAGCAAGGGCCAUGUAAGAAAAGGUCCCAGUCCCUAGAAGACUUAUUUGGUCUCCAGGAGCUCCCUGAAGUACCAAGCCAUGACAAAGAUUCAGUGGGAGGGAAGAAGCUCACAAAAAUGCCCUGCAGGUCACCACCACAACCAAAAGGCACUUCAGUAACUUCACAGAGACAGCCCAGAACUAAUCUGAGGAAAGUUCAUGUGAAAAAUGAACUGUCAGGAGACAGAAUGCUUCCAGAAAUAUCAGGGGAAAUCAUGGACUCAUCUAGAGUACCAGAAGGUGAAGACAAAGUCAUUAGAACAAGGAAGCAACCUAUAAAGCGGAAAUUGGACACAGCAGUUAGUGUGCCUGGCAGCAAGAGACAACGAGUCACAAGAGCAGAAAAGGCACAGACCCUAGAGGAUCUGCCUGCCUUCCAAGAGCUCUACCAAGCUCCAAGCUUGGCAGUAGAUUCGUUGACUGUUGACAAAACCAGAAAGAUGCCCAGCAAAUCUCCAGAAUCUGUGGACACAACUUCAGGGACACAACCAGGAAGAAGACUGAGGAAACUGGGCGUGGCUGAAGAGCCUGUAGCACAAAGAAAGACUACAAGAGUGUUACGAGAAACAAGAAACACACACAAAGAGCCCAUGGGUAAUAGCAAAGGUGUCAAAGAGUUUAAGGACUCUUCAACGCAGAAGCAAGACUCAGCUAUAAGUUUAACUGGCAGGAGGAACCAACCAAGGAUAGUUAAGAAGACCCAACCCUUAGAGGAACUGACCAGUUCCCAAGAGGAAACAUCUACAGGAAUGUCUUGCACAUCUCCACAAGUAGAAGAAAAGGAGAUCACAGCAGCCUCAAAGAGACGCCUCAGAAUACAAGUGUGCAAAGUGGAUGUGAAAGAAGAGCUCACAGCACAGAGAAAGCCACCAGGCAGAGCAACCAGGAACACACUCAAAGAGCCCAUGGGUGAUAGUAUGAAUGUUGAAGAGGAGCUUAAGCAGCCUACAAAGCAGAAAAUUGACCCAGCAGCAAGUGUGCCUGUCAGCAAGAGGCCACGGAGGGUACCCAGGGAAAAGGCACAGCCUCUUGAAUUACCUGGUCUCAAAGGACCAAUCCAAACCCCAGGUCACACUGAGGAAUCAGUAAGUGAUAAAAGACCCACACAGAUGCCCUGUAAUUCUCUACAAGCAGAGCAAGUGGACAGCCUCCAAGCCUCACCAAGACGUCCCAGGACAAGACGUGGGAAAGUAGAGGUGGAUGAAGAGCCUUCAGUAGUGAAGAAGACAAUGCCAGCAUCAAGGCAAACUAUGCGGACCUGCAAGAUCCCUGAAAUUGAUGGCAAAGGCACCCAAGCUUCAAAGGAGCCUGUAAAGCAGAAAGUAGACACAGCAGCUAAUGUAACUGGCAGCAGGAGGAGGCUAAGAGCACAUAAGGAUGAGGUCCAACCUCUUGAAGUUCUGGGUGACUCCAAAGAAAUAACCCAAAUAUCAGACCAUUCUGAGAAACUACAUGACACGAGUGACCUUAAGAGCAUUCUACAGCAAAUGCCAGACUCAGCAAAGCCUUUGAGAACAUGCAGAAGAGUGCAAAAGGCCUCUCAAGAGGACCCCAUGGAGAUGUCAGUGGAUACCAGAGACCCUGCAGCAUCAGAAAGCAAAAGCAAUGCUUCCCUGCCUCCCAAGAGCAAGUCUUCAAGAGAUGGAAGCAUUUCAAGAACCAGGGGGUUGCGCUCUAUGACACAAAAGCAGGAAGCAACAGAAGAGAAGCCUGUACCUAAAACAAGGAGGGCUGCUCGCAGCAAGAGGCAUGUAUCACCUGAGCCUGUGAAGAUGAAACACCUUAGAAUCAUGUCAAACAAAAUUGAACCCGUGGAAGAGCAGAUUAGCAACAUCAAGGAAAUGCAAGAAAAGGAAGACAGCGGAGAAAACUCAGUCACUUCAGAUCAGAGCUCUAGAUACCGAAAGAAAACCAAUGAAAAACAGCUAAGACUCAAGGUUGAUGCAUCUGCAGAAAAGGUUGAGAUAAAGAAAAAUGAGAAGACCGUAAAGUUCUCCCAGGAGACAGAGCUGCACAACCCAGAUGAUGGAGCCAAGAAAUCUACAUCAAGGGGCAAAGUCAGUGGGAGAAGAACAUGCUUGAGGUCUGCAGGACAGAGUGAGACUCCCCAGCCUCCUGCUGCAGAGGAGAAGACAAGCAAGCCAGCGGCAGAAAUCUCGGUAAAGACUCAGAAAGAGAAAGGAGUCUCUGCAGAUUCAGAUGUUAGGCGUUUGAGAUCCAAAAAAACUGGAGCCACUUUGGACAGUGAAUCUAAGCCAAGAGUAACUCAAGGUGCCAAGAAAGGUGCUAAAAUUCCAAAGAAGGAUGAAGACAUUGUAUACACCAGGAAAUUAAGAACAAGACGUCAACCAGAAUAGUAUACUAUGUAGCAGAGACAUUUAAGAAGGAAAAAUAAAUUCAACUUCGUGAUGAAUUCCAGUGUGACUCUCACCUCCAGCAUGAAGGUGAACUGUAAAUAAUGCUGCCUGUCUUUAAAGAAAGAAGCUUCAAGUUUUCCUGGUUAUACUUUCUUCAAACUCCAAUGGAGAUCAUGAAGGGGAUCACCAGGAAUCUCAGCAAUAACAGUUUAAAAGUUUGGGAG